AUGGAUCAGGAGAAAGGAAAAAAUGCAGUAAUAAAUUUGAAUGAAGAGGAUGAGAAUUGUGAGUUAUUUAGCUCAAGUGAAGAAGAAUUCAUUUCCUCGGAAACAAUAGAAAAAAAUUACCCUGUUGAUGAUAUGGAUGAAGAAGUGAUGAAUAUGGUAUUUGACACUGAGGAAGAUGCAUAUGAGUUCUACAAUUUGUAUGGCAAGCUCACUGGUUUUGGCAUUAAGAAGGCAGAUGUUAAAAUUAGUCAAGAUGGAACUGUACGGUAUAGAAAAUUCGCAUGUUCUCGGGAAGGAAAAAGGCACGAGAGAUAUUACAAUCUAGCACAGAGGAUUAGGCAGCCCAGGCCAGAGACAAGGACAGGAUGUCUUGCAUGUCUACGCAUCAAACAUGACAAAGCAUCUGAAAAAUAUGUGGUGACGAAUUUCGUGAAAGAACACAAUCACAAAAUGGCUUCCAAAUCAAGCAUUCCAUAUCUAUGGUCUCAUCGACACGUAACAGAUGCCGAUUAUGCUCAAGUACGAACAAUGAAAAUGGCAGGGGUGAAAACAAGUCAGGUUAUGAAAUUUUUUGCAAUGCAGUGUGGUGGAUAUGGUAAUGUUGGAUUUGUGCUAAAAGACCUAUAUAACCGUGUCGAUAAAGAAAGGAGAGUCUUGAUUGAGGCUGGGGAUGCAAAAAAUGCAAUUGCAUAUUUCAAUGGGAGGAAGGCCAGUGACAAAUCAUUCAUCUUUGAAUAUGAUGUAGACGAAGAAUCAAGGUUGAAGACCCUUUUCUGGGCAGAUUAUGAGUCCCAAUUGGAUUAUAAAUGUUUUGGUGAUGUUCUAAUAUUUGAUUCGACUUAUAAUGUCAACGAGUAUCAUAAGCCACUCGUUGUAUUUUCUGGAGUGAACAAUCAUUAUAAUACUGUUGUAUUCGGUACAGCCUUGGUAUCGGGUGAGAGUGUUGAAGAAUAUGAGUGGCUCCUUCACACAUUAACCAAAACUAUGGGAGGACGAAAGCCAAAGGCCGUGAUAACAGAUGGGGACAAAGCAAUGAGGAGGGCAAUAAAUAAUGUGUUCCCAGAUGCUCGACAUAGAUUAUGCAUUUGGCAUUUGAUGAAAAAUGCAGACGCUAAAGCCAAAUCAAAUGUAUUCAAGUCAAUGUUCGGUAGGAUGAUGAAAAAGGCGUACCCCAUUGGUGACUUGGAGGAAGAGUGGUUUGCUGUUUUGGGUAAAUGUGGACUCCGCCAAAAUAAAUGGGUGGAAAAGAUUUUCGAAAUGAGGUUGCUAUGGGCUGAAUCGUUGCUUCGUGAUACUUUUUUUGCUGGAAUGCGAAGCACUCAAAGGUGCGAACAAAUGAAUGCCUUUCUUAAACAGUAUUUGAAGAAGAACAUGCGAUUUUAUGAGUCAGUCAUCAUCCAUGAGUUGGCUCUUACUCACUUGAGGCAUACUGGGGCCAAGGCAGUUUAUGAGACAGAAGAUACAAUAGUGGUUUUGGCAACUGCAUUACAAAAGUUGGAGAAGCAUGCAUCCGAAGUGUAUACUCGAAAUGUUUUCUUUCGGGUAAAGAAGCACCUUAACAGACAAGGCCUAUAUGAUUGUUAUGAACGGAAAGAAACUUGGAAUGGCUGCAUAUUUUUUCUCAAAAAGUAUGCCGAUGACAGAACAUGGACCGUAGAGCUCAAUCGAAGGACCCUAUCAUUAAAGUGCUCGUGCAAGAAAAUGGAAUGGAAAGGGUUACCAUGCGCACACAUGUUUCGUGUAAUGCUGAUGGAAAACAUGCAAUCAAUACCAAAAUCCUGCAUUUUAAAAAGAUGGACAUGCGAGGCCAGAGAGGAGGCGGAUAAUGAAGUUCUUGAAGGGAGGCAGGAGAUAUAUGCUGAGUUGGUUCAAACUGCAAGAUUUGGAACGUUGACAUCAAUUUGCAAGGAAAUGUGUUUCUUUGCAUCCCAUAUGGAUGAUGGAUUUGCUCGUGUACGAGAUAUUGUUAUAAAGGAGACUAAUAAUUGGAGGAGAGCUUGGGUGGAGCGUGGAUUUGAUUGUGGCACUAAUGGAAGGUUAGCUGCGGAUCCAAAAAAGUCACGCUUGAGCCAAUAUUGUGUGAAGGACCCCGAGAGGACAAGAGCUAAAGGUGACCGGGUUCAUACCAAUAAAAACAAAGCUGCUAAGUGUGGAAACUGUGGGUUGCGUGAUGGCCACAACAAAAGGACAUGUCCUCGUAACUUGCUUAGUUACGAUGCAUGUGGUAUUUCUGGAAGCCAAGCAAUUCAUUAUAGCAACCCAGGAUCAGGGACUAUGGGUGACUCAAGAUUCCAGUUCGGUGCAUCCUCAUCUGGUGAUUUUCAAGGAGUUCAGCAUCCAUUCCUAAGUCACUCAGGAAUGUUAAAUAGAGUUGACAGAGAUGGAAGUAGUAGCCAAAAAAUUGAUCAUAGUCAAUCUCACACGAUGCAGAGUCCUUGGAGUGAAUGGAAUGGAACAGGAUCAUACACAAUUGCAGACCGAAAUAGCUAUUCAGCUUCUUUUUGGAAAAGUUAA